UUCCAUCCUGAUCUGAUCCUGCUCCUGAACUCGCUCCUGCUGCGGAACACGUGCAAAACUCCCGCGGUCACAGACCUUCACUUCCGGGGUGACGCUGUCAUCUGCACUCUCCGCAAUCCUGCAUCCCCUCUGCUUCCGGCUCGGUGUUGUGAUCAUGCCCAGGCGUCUCCUGCUGGUGUCCAACUCCACACUGUAUGGUGGAGGAUAUCUCCAACACUGUCAACACAACAUCACUGACUUCCUGGGAAAACAGGUGAAGAGGAUCCUGUUCAUCCCAUACGCUCUACAUGAUCAUGAUAAAUACACCAAGACGGCCAGACGGGAGCUGAACAGCCUGGGUUAUGAGGUAGACAGUGUUCAUGAGGCUGCAGACCCUGUCGGGGCCGUGCGCAAAGCCGAGGCCAUAUUCAUCGGUGGAGGAAACACGUUCCGUCUGCUCAAAGCUCUCUACGAUAACAACCUGGUGAAUGAAAUUAAGAAAAGAGUGCUUCAGGACGGAAUUCCGUACCUGGGAUCAAGUGCUGGCACUAACGUAGCCACCGUUAGCAUUAACACCACUAAUGACAUGCCCAUCGUUUACCCACCCAGCUUCAACGCCAUCGGCCUCGUCCCAUUCAACAUCAACCCUCACUACCUGGACCCCGACCCCAACAGCAGGCACAUGGGGGAAACACGUGAGCAAAGAAUCACUCAGUAUCAUGAGGAGCUGAACACACCAUGUGUGCUGGGUCUGAGGGAAGGGUCCAUGCUGCUGGUGGAAGGAAACAAUGCCACGUUACUCGGCACUACCAACGCUCGUCUUUUCCAGAGGGGAAAGGAGACGAGCGAGCAUCAACCUGGGAGUGAUCUGAGUUUUUUACUGUCUGAUGAUCAGUAACGGAGUGAUGAGAGACAGUAACACUGUAGCAGAAUAUAAAAACAAUCUGAAAACAACCACAUCUGUAAUAAAAUCAGUUCUUUAAAUCCA